CUCUUUCACUAUAUUCUCCUUCCGUAUCCGUCGCCCCUUGCCAUCGUCGCUUCAAACAUUCACGACUCCUCCGCUGUCUUCCCGACCCUUCUCACUCACAACUGUCAUGUCUUCCUACGACCAAAUAACUCUCUAAGAUGGGGAGAAGAUGACCCUAGGACAAGGGGGUAAGGAGACUGCCACAUAAGAAGACCUCAAAGCCUCCAACGAGGCGCAUCAAAUGCACGGCUUUGAUCACCUCAUGCAAAAGGGACCAAGACAGCUCGUCGUCUUCGAUUCAGGCGACGGGGCCUUCUUGAAAGAUGUCAUGGGAAAAAGGUAUCUGGAUGCCAUAGGGGGCAUUGUCGUCGCCUAUCUUGGCUACGGUCGCAAGGACUUCGCGCAAGUUGCUUUUGAGCAGAUGACGAAGCUGGAAGUCUCUUCCAACCAACGUAAUCUGACCAAUAACAAUGCAGUUAAACUCUGCGAACGCCUUUCCGGCCUCGUGGCUCAAGCUUUUCCAGAUAAAAUGACUGCUCCAGCCACAUUUAUUCCUGUAUCUAUGAAGCCCGAGUUUUCUGACUAUGGAUGGAAGAGGUGGAUGGAGGGCUAUGGCCGCGAUUUCUAUGAGAGCAGCUCGCAUAGGAUGUUUUGCAAUAUUGAUCUGCCGCAUGAGCUGUUCUUUGAAAGGAGCAAGUUGAAGCAUGGAGAGAAUGUUGGACAGGCGGCUGCACGGGAACUGGAAGAACGGAUUCUCCAAGAAGGCGCCGAUACCGUUGCCGCCUUCGUGUUUGAGCCCGUUCAAGGCGACGGUGGCGCUAUCGACAUGCAUCGCGACUUCUUUCUACUCGUGGAGCGAAUUUGCAGAAAGUACGGCAUCUUGAUGAUUGCAGAUGAGAUCAUGUCGUUUGCCAAGACGGGGCACUGGUUCGGUCAUCCAGUUUGCUCUGUUGUCGCUCUCCGCGCACUCGACAUUAUCGACCGGGAGAACUUGAUCGAGCUGUGUGCAAAGCGCCGCAGGGAGUUUCUCGAUAUCCUCAAGUCAGAGCUCGAGGGGCUGCAUACCAUUCAGCAAGUUCGUGGAACUGGUAUCAUGAUUGGGAUCGAUCUCAUUUCUGAUAUCGCAACGGAUAUUGAACAAAAGGUACUUCUAGAAUACGGUAUUGUGCUCAGGGCGAGUACCAAUAAGCAUUGCAUGCUUCUGAAGCCGCCUUCAUCUAUGACAGAAGAGCAUUUUAAAAAGGUGGCCGAGUCGCUGAGGAAGGGUUUGAGAAGUUUUGUUACACUGGGCGAGAGCGCGAUAAGCAAGAGUCAUCAACACUGAGUUGUGGGUAGGCCUGGCUUUCGGGUUAGUUAGGGAGACACUGGC